GCUGUGAUAGGGCGUUGACUUGAAAAGGAUAUUGUUUUUGUUUUUUUCCAAAGGUAUAAAAAUGAAAUCUUCCUGAACAAAAGGAAAAUCCAAGUUUCAUUUUUAUUUAAGCCAAUAGUAAGCCCGUUCGAAUUGUCUACCUUUUACUUCAAGGAAUUCGUUUCAAAUUUCUUUAAAGUUUUACUUCCUGGGAAAAUAUGCAAGUUAAUAUAAAACACAAAAAGGACACCUAAGUAAGUUCUACAGUAUUACACAGUCAAACUUCGUCAGCUUUACAGGAAUAAAAACAUGAGUCUACUGAGGUGCGUCAUUCUGGUUGCUAUGGUAACAGAAUUUGAAGUCAAAGUUGUUUCCUUUCCGUGGCGCAUGAACAAAGGCCAUCUGACCCACAAUUCUGUGGACAUCGAGGUAAUCGAAGAGACCCACGACCCCCACGACCCCCGCGACCCCCGCGACCCCCACAGAAACCGGCGCAGCACAGAUCCCAGCCCCACCCUACCAGCACUACUGCAUGUCCGGCUAAACCUCGGCGACCGGCACAUCUCCCUGCGGGUGAGACGGAGCACCCCCAGCCGGUCGAGCCGGAGAGCCGUAUCCGAUUUCCCGGUGUUCGUCAUUGUGGACGGGGAGAUACGUCAGAAGGAGUUGACCCUUGACCCGACAGUAGAUUUUUACAGUAAUGAGACGACAGGUAGCUCGUUUGUAGUUCGUAAAUCAAGCAAUCGAUCACAGUUCAUCAUGGAAGGAUUUUUCUACGACGGUCUGGAUCAGCUCCACCUGACACGUGACCCACUGGGUGGCAUCCACCAGAUCCACAAGAUCCCCCGGGAGCUCAACUUUCAGGACGAUUACGUCAACGUUAUCCCCGCUGAAGGCAUAACGUCACCGCCGUAUACACACACGAAGAAGACGCUCACGCGUGCACGACGUCACAUACAGGCUCGCCGUGAGCACGAAAUACGGCUGUUUAUGGUGUCAGACAGCAAGGAUUAUCUCAACUGGCUACAGUACUACAAGAACAAUUCGACACUAACAGAGAUAGAGAUGCACCUGUAUUACGCAUUCGUGGCUAACUCUAUGAACAUCCGCUACAGCAGUGUCAAUCUUGUUGACCCAACCUUCAGUCUCUCUAUCGUCAUCACUGGCCUUCUGAUUGUCAAUUCCCAGUCGGUCAGCUCCUGGACUGAGGUCAACACAAGAUUCCCCGGGUCACAUUUUGUUGACGGCAACAUGGCGCUAGAGUCGUUUGGGAUGUGGGUCAAGAAGGCCAACCCCACCCUGCCUCUUAGCGAUCACUGGAUGCUCUUUACAGGUUAUGACAUCUUUAGCGGUACCAAUUGGAAAGUGAUGGGUAUAGCCAAGCUGGGCGGGAUGUGUUCCACGUCAUCCAUCUCCAUCAUUGAACAGGACAAUUCUGGAAGUGUUGGUGCCACAGCAGCCCACGAACUGGGUCACAGCCUAGGUGCGAUCCACGACGGGGAAGAAAAAGACUGUCUGGACGAAGACAAUUACGUCAUGUCUAAGAAACUUACGCCCCCAGUCGACGAGAAAAGCGCGUCACGGCCUUGGUUGUUCUCAGUGUGUUCGGUGCGGGCUUUCAAGAGGUUUCUUUCCAACCUAGAAUGCACGAGAAAAAAUUCCCGGGGGUUGUCCGUGUUGUCCACCAGUCUACACCCAGGUCAGGUGUUUUCUGCAGACGUUCAGUGCCAACUGGCAAUAGGAAACAGGUCAUACUUCUCUAGGAGCAUGCAGCUCCGGGACGGUGACUACUCCAGUCUAUGUCGCCGGAUGUUCUGUACGGUGCCAGAUAUGUUGGGCUACUUCCAGCCUACUUUUGCUAUGGAGAGGACAUCCUGUGGGGAUAGAAAGUGGUGCCAACGUGGGGUCUGUGAAUACAAUGCGGAUGCCCCAGAGACAGAAGAUGACUGCCCACAGGGUGACGACCCCACUGCCCCAUGCCUGGAGAAGGACUGCCCCUACUACACGCCCCGCACCAUCAGGAUCUUCUGCUGCCACACAUGUAGGAACACAGCCUCGAUGUGGCUGACUAGCAAGGCGGCGGAGGUCCCUAUCGUCAGGAAAAUUCAGGCAGAUCCACGUCAGCCAACCAGGCAAGGAUCCACAACAUCCACCAUCAGAGGUCUGACGUUACCUGGCGCAACAGUUACCGUGAAAACAGCCACCACAAUACCCCCUUCAUCACAGCAAGCAAUGCAAGAAAACAACAGACAAAAACCAACUGAUCCAAUUACUACACAAACACCGUUGUCUACAGGCGGGAUUGGUCUAGCUACCCCAACCACCGAGCCCUAUACAAAUCAGCCAUCAACAUCUGCAGCACUUACUCCGGUGCAGACAAACACGGCAGAUAAUGCCACGGUGGAUCGGUCUACUGUGACCGCUGCCUCGAAUACUGGUACCACUCCACAGUAUGACGCCGCUCAGAAUUUGAGAACCACUCCACAAGAACUAAAUAAUUCUAAUACUAAUUACAUUCAACAAACGACAUCAAAUAUACCCACAUCAACCGAUUCAAACUCCUCCAGUUUGGACAUGGCUUCCAGCUUUAACAUUGAGAAUGUAACGUUACCGAACUCAAUUUCAGAACACAAUGUAUCGGAGUCUAAUCCUUCUUCAAACGGUGUUAAACUGGUAUCGCAGCAAUCUGUUGUAUCUUCAGAUAAACACAAUCAGUCUGUACCUAAUGCUAGUAUCAUUAGACCAUUCGACACUGCUAGUAGUAUCAAUCAAAUUUAUGAUGGUAGUUCUAACAGUAUCACCAAGAGCUCAAAUGAUACAACGAACAUAUCUCAACAACAAGUGUUUAGAUCAACUCGCCCAGCGGGUUAUGAUGUUGAUUUAAAAAAUAUAUCACUUGUUUCUCCCCAAGAAAUUAAUAUUCGAUCAGAUAAAGAUCAGUCUGGAGCUACAUCGAAUCAAACAAAACAAUCAGAUACUUUGCAACAAAACUCACAACCAAAUACAGUUAGACCUGCAACAGUUGUAUCGUACAGGGAGGUAACAAACAAUGAACUAAAGCCUACGGUAGUCAAGAACAUAUCGGAGACUACUCUUGAAGUUCAGAAUGCUGUACCCCGUCAAGGUGGUUCUGUUUUAACAUCGAUACUUCUAAAACAAGUACAGUUGAACACAACUACACUUCUAUCAAAACAAAUACAUAACGAAAGAAAAUUUCCGGAUUCUUCCGUUGCUUCAAACGAGCAGAGAAACGCAAACCAGCCGUAUACAGUCUUAACGUUAGAAGGCUUACAGACUAACUCCCAACUUCAGGAAAGUGAUUUAUUCAUGCCCACCAAAAGCAGAUACACUCUCGCUCAACUUGGCAAUAGGAUUCAUGGCUUCGAGGCUGUAGAGAACAGUCACCAAGACAACAACAACAACAACAUCAGCAGGCUAGACUUGAACCCUACAUCAUCGUCUCGACUCACCAACCCCACGCAACCGGAUGUCGUCCUCAGCACAAAAGACAACUACUCACCACUAAUAUCCGGGCUAAAAGCAUUUUUUCCUACCGAUAUGGAGAUAAGGAAUGCUUUAACUAAUGACCAGUUCUACCGAUCUACGAAUGAACAAACGUAUUCAGCAAAUCGUGAUCAAGCUUACGGACAAGCGUAUCUUUCAACGAGUGACCAACUAUACAAUUCAGCCAGCGAUGGGUUACAGCAAGUUAACGAUAAAUCAAUGAACAGUGUUCAACGUUACCCGACUUCACAAUUUCAAACGGAAUCGGCUUGGUUUAGUUCAUUACCUAAUCAGAAACCAACAAGUCUUCAAGACUUCUUAGACAGCUUCAGUCUUCUUCAGAAUCAACCACAAACAAGUCACCCAAAAAACUCUUCAAGCUCUAAGAGUAUCAGCUUUAACCUAAGCAUCAACUUACUCAAUGACUCUAAACAAGAACCAAGUCUUCACCAAAUUCUAACCCGCAUACAUCCCCAACCCAACGCCACAUCACACCAACCGAACAACCACACCUCGAACAUGCUCAGUAAACCAACCACCAGCCGACCCAGGUUCGACCCCCACCCAGCCUUACACCACUGCAACUUUCAGUGCGUCUACUACAGGGAACCCUCCACCCCUGACAACGCCUGGUUCGACCCCCUCAAGCUAAAUUUACGAGAAGCUUCUAGAACUAUUGAUAAACAAGGCAGAGCUAUCACCUCUGAAACAGCCAACCCUGCACCCAUCGUCUCUGAGCCAACCCCACAGCAAAUAUCCUUGAGUACAACACCAAAUAUUUUAAACAUUCAACCCGUGUGAUCUAUACAAAACAUUGAAUUAUAUACACUUUUAUUUAUUAGCGUUGAACAUAAUAUGUACUGUAGGUAAUAAAU